AUUAAAUGUUCUUUUUUAAACGCGGUAAGUUUAUUAUUACUUUUUUUAAUACUACUUACAUUAAAUCUUGAGCAAAUUUAUCUAGAAAAAAUCCAUUCGGUCCAGGUUUCAGACGGGAUUUUUUUCCAGUAUAAUUUUCUUUACAUUUAAAAAUCUAGCAGUUAAAUGUUUAAAGUGAAAAUAUAAUAAUCGAAUUAAUUAUGUAUAAGUAAGUAAUUUUAACAACAAUAAAUUACCGUCCUUCUAUUUAUGUUACAUAACGUUUUCAUUGGCAUUAUGAGAUAUAUUUAUUAUUUAUGUAGUACACUUACUUUUUGUUUAUGUAAAUAUUUAUUUGUAUUUAUUUAUACGUUACUUAAACGGCGGGUGAUGAGGUGAGGAUCCGGCUUUUGCAAUAGUGUCACCGAUAAUGAUAAACCCUAAAAGACGUGUAAAACGAAAAGGAAACCGUUAACGCAAAAUCUUAGUAGCGACUAUAAAAUAGUGUCUAGUUAUUAUUAACAUAAAUAAAGUACCCACUUAAUAUCGUACUGGCCUUUGCCCACUUGUUAAUCUUCGUGGAUUUCUAAAGCACACGAGGAACUUUCCAAUAUAUACUUCCGGACACUUCAAUGGGCCCACUUUGUUACAUUAUAAGUUAUAACGGUCUGUAGCAAAAUAAUAAUAAUAAUAUAUUAAAAAUAAUUUUAAUAAAUCAGCUUCAAAACUACGUAAAAGCUUUUGUUCAAUGAAACAUUUAUUUUUAGCUAGGGACUGUCAACAUUUAUAAUAUAAUGGUGCGCCGAUAGUCCGGAAAUGUAUUAUAUGUUUUUCUUUGUGAUAUUCCAUUACUUACGAGUUUCUGGUAGGAAAACUUCUGUCUCCAAAUUUGAAAGGUUUUAAACAAUAUUAAGGAGGUACUUCCCAUGUUCUUGGCUAUUGUUAGUAUAACCAAAAAUGUACAUACCUCCUAAACGAUCCAUGAUCGUUUAGGCGUAGUCACGGCCAAGUGCUCAUAAAGUGGCCAGCUACACAUAAAUGGUGCUCGGAAAUCGUAAGAUUCGCGUAAUAGAAGUAAACCCUAAAUAAAUUAGAAUUUUCAGUUAAAUAUGUCAUGACAAUUUGAAAGGAAAUCCUGCAUAAUUUUAUUUUAGAUUUAGAUAAUGUGUUUCAAAUACGAAAAGCGGUUCCCCUUUUACAUUCUUGAAUUAUGCAUGAUCUUAUGUAUAGGUAAGUACCUACGUUAGGUACAAUAUCUAACCCACCUAUAAUAAUUUCUGGUGAAAUAUCUAAUCUACCUAUCAAAAUUUACAUAUAUCAUGUUCUAGAACCGAAAGAAAGCAGAAUGCGCCAGCCAGAAAGAACCAUUAAAUAGACAGCGCAGCAUCAAAACUUUUAGCCGAAGAGCCCGAAUACUUUUAGCAUUUUCUCGAAUUGGCUAUUUAGAGGACCAAAUAAAUUAUUAAAUACCUAACAUAGCAUCUAGUGCGGUACCUUUGAUGCUCUGCCACAUAAUAUCAGUGAAAUGUGGUGGGAAAUAGAAGUUUUAUUGUUUUUAUUUUAUUUUGUUUUCUUGAUUUAUUAUUAUUAAUUAGACACUUCAUGCUUCAAAACUGCUAGAUUCAUAAGCCUAAAUGAACACUCGCGUGCAAUAAAUGCGGGUCAGUCAGUUCUAUUUCUAUAAUCAGCUAAGCGAAUAUGAUUUUUUUAUUAGUCACAAUGUCACAUGAAAUUAUUUAUUUAAACGGGCUGACCGUUUAAAUAAAUAAUUUCACGUGACAUUUUGACAGCAGAUGUAAAAAAAAUAAUUCAGAUAAAUAGUAUACAAAUCAUUACUUUUAUAAUUACAGAACACAACAAUUACUAUGACAUUUAACCCGUCCAUUUACACUGCUCUUGAGUGUAAUGUGACAAAUUCGAUUACAGUACCUACAGUACAGAGCGAACACGUGGUUUGUAUGUGAUUGUGACUAUUUGUGACCGCUCUUAUUGGAUCGAACAUUGCCCGUCCUUAUUUGGUUCGCCCAAUGUUUACCGAGUGCAAAAUAUCGAAUAUUGAUAACAACCAAGUAGUUGUGUUUUUUGUUUGAUAAUUACUUAUAGAAUAAUUAUUAUUAUAUAAUAUACCUAUUAUCUCAUGAAAAUACUCAUAGAUAGCUCUUCGCCAAUUCGAUAUUGGCAAAAACAUUAAAAUAGAACAACCACAUUUCUGAAGUACACUUAAGACACUUAACAGCAUUAGGAGUCUUAUGUCAACAGGUAUCAACCCAAAUACAUAGUAAACAGCGACUCACAUUUUCAUAUUUGGCCUUAACCAGAUCGUUGUUCAACCUUUUUGGAGGGGCUGUACUGUACAAUAACAGAUGUAAAGUUACUAAUAAUAGUGCUGUGCUAUAUCAAAUUAGUGGUUAUUAGCGGUAUUGCUACCGCUAAUAGCCUAAUAACUACUAUAACGUUAGUGACCAUGAACGUUUUAUAUCAAAGUAGACUCAGUGUUAGUAGACCUGUGGGGGCAGGUGGCAUGGUAGUCGACAUCAAGCGAGUCGGGAGAACCCAUUGGAUACGGAAAGCGCAGGACCCUUGUGUUUGGAAAUCCCUAGAGGAGAACUAACCAUGGAGUUGGUGUCGUUUGCAAAGGAGAUGCUGCAGAGUGGGGCAGAGCACGCGGCUAGUUACCGCCUAGGGCAGACCGCUUUGAGGCACCUGGACCGCGCGCUGUGGGUCGUCGAGAAGUGCGCCCGUUGGGCAGUUCCUCCACCGCUGGACCAAGAAGACAGGCCACAGCCAGAACUGGUGCGCCCGCUGCCGUGGAUUUUCUUCCUUGCGUUGCUUAUAACAUUGCGAGUGACGCGUGAGUCGAUAUCGCUCAUCAACUUAGUCAUGGGGAAGCCGCCACUACGAUCAGCUGAUGUGGUGAUGUACAUACAAAGCAAGCGGCGGUACUUGCGAACCCUCAAGUACCAGGGUAACCGAAUGAUGCGAGCACGCAGUUCCACUGGUGAUUCCCAACACAGCACUUGGUAUAGUCGCCUAAAGGCAUUACUCGAACCAACGAUGUGCUUCCGUUCUACGCACAACUACGGGAACAACAACACCACGCGGCUCAGCAACAACGACGAGGUGUUGGUAGUGAAGCGCAGUAAGCGCGGGCGACAGGCGGUAGCGGGGGCGGGCGCGGUAGUGGGUUCGGGCGCGAGCGCGGAUUCCACUAUGGACCGGCUAAUAGAGCGGAUGAUGCAAGACCUAGAUGCGGACUCGGAUGAUGAUUCUAGUUUCACGCUAACAAAAGCGAGCACCAGGAGCGACCAAUCUGACUCGACCGAGUCUGACCAGGACACCAUUAUGCACCAGGACGCGUCCACGCCACGCAAAUCCAAAAUGUCAGACUCCGAUAGCAGUAUAGCGUCUGAUCAAGCCGAAUCGUCCACCCCCGAGAAGAUCCAAUUGCCUGCACCAGAAAACGCCUUGGAAAAAGAAAAGGGAAACGAUAUCAAAGAAAACGAAAGACAAGAUGUGCCAGAAAAACAAAUAGGCAAUGAAAUCUCUGAAAAACCAGUGAGCAAUGAGAUCGCAGAAAAACAAGUGAAUAACGACACAGGCGGUGAUGAACAAGGGAGCAGCGAUGAGACCAAAAUUGUACAACCGUUAGUAACAAAAGAAGAUGAGGCGUUACAAUCGACCGUAAUAACUCCAUCGCGAUCACCGAAAGAGGAUACGCAAACAUUACUCCAAAGCGAGAGGGGAUCAUUGUUACAACACUCGCCCAAUAGCCAGCGGAGAAAUGCGAAUGGACAAAUUCCAAACUAUGCCAGCAAUAAGAAAGGUUUGAACAUCGAUCGGAGGGGAUUAGAUCCAAGUAACAUGUCAAUGUGAAGAAAACAGAUAAUUACAACCCAAAAACCCCUAAGAAAACCUUUGUACUGGC